UAGGAUAUCGGACCAUAUCACAGAUGGCGGGGCAAAAUCUUCCAAUUUGGGUCGUUGUCUGGCUCUUUUUCUCAAGUAUUAUGGUCACAAUCGACGCCUUGUUUGUGAUUUUGCGACCCCAUACACUACCGGGAGGAAAAUGGAACUAUCUCUUUCUGCAUUAUAAUAUUUACAUUCACGUCGACAAAAGAUACGCCGAUGUAGAUGACACUUUUAAUUAUGGACAAAGCUUCAUGAAUCUGGUGGAAAUGUGUCUCAAUGUCAUUUCUCUAAUAAUGUAUAACAGGGGAAAAGUUGGACUAUCAGUAUUGGUUGCCUUCAUGGUGAGCACAAUGACAUUUUCCAAAACAGUAUUCUACUUCCUCGUCUCUAGUGAGUUGUGUGGUGGACAACACUUUGUGAACCACAAUGACUGGAAGUCUGCAGUGUUUUUAUACAUUAUUCCAAAUGGCAUCUGGAUACUUGUUCCCUUUCUCUGUAUGGUGACCCUAGGAAAUAUUAUAGUAGAUCAUGCAGGAAAUGGACAACCAACAGGGAAGAAAACAAAAUCUUAUUAAGUAGGAAUUUUUAAAUUGAUCAUAUCAUUGAUUUGUGUGGUAAUUCUUUAUUAACCAUUUACUCCCAAGAUCUGCUUAUCAAUUCUCGCCUCUACCUGCUACAUAUUUCUUAGUAAAUCAGUUUCAAGAAUUUGGUGUUAGAUCAAGAUAACAGCAUAUACCUGAUUAGUUUGAGUAUUCUUAUCACCUGUUUGCUGGAUAAUGUAUGGCUAUUAAAGGGAGAAGUUACAUUUUAAUCACUGCUGGGAGUUCAAGAGUUAAACAUGGUGGAACCCUGAACAAAGGUAACAGGGAAAGUUAAUGAAAACUUUUCAUAGCCACAACAGAUUGUAUCCCAUUAGUAAAGGUGAACUCUGACCUGAGGUGUCUAAUGGAAAAGGUUCCAUUGUAUAAGGGCGAACAACAUUCCCCUAACUUGGAAAGUAAGGAAUAUGCCUUUGUUUGUAAACAAUGUUCAGAAGAAUAAGCAUGUGCACAGCAUGAGCUGAGAGAUUUUGGGAAAAAGGUCUGUGAGUGCUCCCAAUAGGAGUCCACAGCACAACCUGCCAAUUAGUACUAUGGAAAAUCUACAACUAGAGCUACACAAGACUCAUGGCAGGCUAGGCUGUUUCACCAGGUCAAUAGUGACAAACUUCCUGCCUAUUGCUGGGACAGGAAUGUCAAAAUGUAAUGCUUCUGCACAAUGAGGAUGUUAAAAUUAAUGUGCUAGAGUACUUGGCUCGAUUGUAUGAAGGGCCAAUAAAGCUAUCCAACACAAAAUAAAUAAAUGAAUAAAUCGCUAUCCAACUGAUAAGUGAUAGCAAAAUGUAUAGCAUUACCCACUGGAUGGAGAUUUAUCCUGUGGAUGGCAUUAUCCGACCUUCAAUCAACCACGACCUUAUAUAUUGGGGGUAAAUAGGAUAAGUCGAUAAUAAAUAGGAACAUCAUUGUUUGUCAAUACCAUUCCUUUUUGGCAUACAGGGGAAAGAAAUUUGUUAAGAAAUUUGCAAAGUAAAUGUACUUGAAGUUCACAUUAAAUGACAAGUAUGCUUUACUGCUUCAACAGUUGACACCAUUUUGUAGUCAUGCUACAUUAAUAGCACUAUUAAUGUUCAUGAGCUGUUUUCAAAUUGUAAAAUUAACUUAAUUUAGUGUAUGUUUAAGCACUCAAGACAAAGGUUUCUUUUUUUGGUGAGUGACACCAUAACUUAUGAAGUCAUAGUUGUCUUGUGAUGUAAGUAAGAAUCUCUUAAAACUAUGGAA